CCCCACCUGCACCCUGAGUCCCCAGCUCCUUCUUAACUUCUCCCCUAACUCUGACAUCUAUUCCAGGCAGCUCAGACACUGCAAGGCGUUGGGACUAGGCCCCCCACCGCCCAGGGUGCCACUCCUCAGGGGAGAAGCCAGGCAGGCAAAUGAGAACAUAGUGUCUUCUUGAGGUGGCUGCAUUGAGCCCCAAAGGCCCCCUUUCUUGUUCCUGCCUGCUCCAGGGGACACCCAUCUGAGCAGUAUCUGCGUGAACAGCAGAGAAGAGCUCACCCAGCUGGGCUCCUGAGCCAGGGCCAGGGCUCCGGUGAAACUCGCGCUCUGGCUCUGAGCGGGGCCAUCCUGCAUGCCUAAUUGGCUAUUUAAGGAGCUGCCCGCCUGCAGUCCAGGCACCCCCCCUCCCCACGUACACCAGUCCAGAGCCACCUUAAAAGCGAGAGGCAAUUGUGAAGUCACUGGCCAGCAGUGGACUGGAGACUUCAGAAAGAGAUAAAGAGAGCAGAGAGAGGCAGCAAGAGAUUUUUCCUGGGACGCAGAAAUUCAGGUCUCUCCUAGUCCUUUAGUCCCCAAAUUCCUGGUUCCCUGUGCCCCCUCCUGGGGAUACCAUGUUGUUCUUCGCCCUCCUGCUAGAGGUGAUUUGGAUCCUGGCUGCAGACGGGGGUCACCAUUGGACAUACGAAGGCCCACAUGGUCAGGACCAUUGGCCAGCCUCUUACCCUGAGUGUGGAAGCAAUGCCCAGUCCCCCAUCGAUAUCCAGACAGACAGUGUGACAUUUGACCCCGAGUUGCCUGCUCUGCAGCCCCACGGAUAUGAUCAGCCUGGAACUGAGCCUUUGGACUUGCACAACAAUGGCCACACAGUGCAACUCUCUCUGCCCCCAACCCUGUAUCUGGGCGGACUGCCCCGAAAAUAUGCAGCUGCCCAGCUCCACCUGCACUGGGGUCAGAAAGGAUCCCCAGGGGGGUCAGAGCACCAGAUCAACAGUGAAGCCACGGUUGCAGAGCUCCACAUGGUGCAUUAUGACUCCGAUUCCUAUGGCAGCUUGAGUGAGGCUGCCCAGAGGCCUCAGGGGCUAGCUGUACUAGGCAUCCUAAUUGAGGUGGGUGAGACUGAGAAUCCAGCUUAUGAACACAUUCUGAGUCAUUUGCAUGAAAUAAGACAUAAAGAUCAGAAGACUUCAGUGCCUCCCUUCAAUGUGGGAGAGCUGCUCCCCCCACAGCUGGAGCAGUUCUUUCGUUACAAUGGCUCACUCACAACGCCUCCCUGCUACCAAAGUGUGCUCUGGACAGUCUUCAAUCGAAGGGCCCAGAUUUCAAUGGGACAGCUGGAAAAGCUUCAGGAGACAUUGUUCUCCACAGAAGAGGAGCCCUCUGAGCCCCUCAUUCAGAACUAUAGAGCUCCCCAGCCUCUCAAUCAGCGGACUGUCUUUGCUUCAUUCACCCAAGUGGGAUCCUCAUAUACCACAGGUGAAAUGCUGAGUUUAGGUGUGGGAAUCUUGAUCGGCUGUCUCUGCCUUCUGCUGGCCGUUUAUUUCAUCGUUAGAAAGAUUCGAAAGAAGAGGCUGGGAAACCGGAAGAGUGUGGUCUUCACCUCAGCACAAGCCACCACGGAAGCAUAAGUUCCGAGACAUCACGGAUGCCUUUCCUUUGUGCCUGUCGGGGAGCCUCUAAAUUGGGGUGCAGGGGCUGGACAGAAAAUACUACUAGGAGUUGUAGGCAGACACCCCUCCUUUUCUGGACAUCUCUCAUACAGAGGUAAGGACGAGAUUCUCAUUCAAGGAAGAACAGCAGAGCCUUCAGCCUUUGGCCUCAAAACAUGUAGGAGGACACCAGGAGACCCCCGUGUAUUAACACAGCGGGCAAACUAUGUUCAGUUGUAGGUGAAGUUGAAGAUGUGCCCCAAGUCUCCACCCCUCGCCUUUUUGUCCCUUCCCCUAGAUACACUGCAGGAUCUCCCCCACGGAAAAAGGGCUGCUGCUGGGGUUACAUAUUUUUGUUCAGUAUAAUUGGAAAUUAAAGUUUCUGACCUUAA